AUGACCAAAGCAACGAACGAAAGCAGUAAGGGCGUAGCAAAGGCCGCCAAGAAGAAAACAACGGCCAAAGUGUCAUCCUCCAAGACGAGCUCUGGCGGUGGCCCCCAACGCAUUCUUGACCUUGUGCUUUCCAUCGAGACACGUUCUGGCGACCCAAAUGUGCCGCGCAAGAUGGUUGCAUCCCUUUCUGGACUCAAGGCUACGACAUUCCCCGUGACCAUCAGCGGGAUGAAGAAGAAGCAAGGUCUGAUCGACUACGACAAAGACUUCAUCCGCCUGACAGAAGCGGGUCGUGCCAAAGCCAACGCUGCUGAAAUAGAAGAAAUUGCCAUGGACAAUGACACGGCACAGGCGGAGAUUAAAGAAAAGCACAAGCUGGGCAAUGGGAUGGCUGGGAGGUUGUUCGAUCUUCUGAAGGACGGGGGCGCACACGACCGCAAUGCGGUGAAAGAGCAGCUGGGUUGCCAGAGCAAUGGGAGUUUUGCCGUCAUGAUUUGCAAUCUCAAGAAGAAAGGUAUCAUUGUGUACGACCGUGUCACCAUCCAGCUGGCCGACAUCUGCUUCCCGCUCGGACGUGGUGGGAACUCGGAUUGUGCCUCUGAAAUGAGUGCAGGUGGGGCUAAGCCGCACCCAUCCGCUGUUGAUAGUUUUGCAAUCGUCCCAGAAACAACAUCAAGCGGCGAGUGUAACAGCAGCAACAGCAUGGUCUCGGUCUGA